AUGGUUAACCAGCUGACAGAGGCGCCGAUCGCGGAUUUCAAGGAGGCAUUCUCGUUGUUCGAUAAUGAUGGCGCCCUCGCCGAGCACGCGUACCAGAUCGUCGAGGGGUCUCAGCAGAAGGUGCUCACCGAUUUGAUGUUCAUGCCUGCUGUUUCUUCCCGCCACGGGCAAGAGGAUCUUUGGUUGGAGUCGGCGUGUCGCUAUCAAUUAUUCGUGUGUUCCCUCAUCGGCUCCAUCAUCGAUGGGUUCACGGCCGUCCUCGUGGUGGUUUGGAACUCGCUCAUGCAUGCCAUCCAUGGCAACGGACCCGUAUACUUUCGCAUCGUUUCUGAUGGUGAUUCUGACUGUGGUGACGACGCUCGGGAUCUCUCAGAUCGUCUCCAAUGGCAAAAUAUUGUUUCUCAUGAGACUGGCCGGGCCCUUCUCAGUGGCCUGCGCCAGCUUUCUCGUGAGGAGGUCCGCAAGCUCGCAGGAGGCCCGCAAACUGCCAUGGUCUCGGGCGCCUCCGCUGCACGGUCGAGCCCGUGCCUGCGCGUGUUGUGCCGGCCUUAG